AUGGCCAGCACAUUAAGCCCCAGCACUGUGACUGGGACCCUGGGUCCUCCUGAGAUGUCAGAGCGUAUCCAAAAUGCUGCUGACAUCUCUGUCAUUGUCAUCUAUUUCAUGGUGGUGAUGGCUGUCGGGCUAUGGGCAAUGCUGAAGACCAACCGGGGCACCGUUGGAGGUUUCUUCUUGGCUGGUGGAGAUAUAGCCUGGUGGCCGAUGGGGGCCUCUCUCUUCGCUAGUAACAUUGGCAGUGGCCACUUUGUGGGGCUGGCUGGGACAGGGGCAACUUCAGGAAUUGCCACUGCAGCAUUUGAAUGGAAUGCUUUGCUGUUGUUGCUGGUUCUAGCUUGGGUCUUUGUCCCUAUAUACAUUAAGGCAGACGUGAUGACUAUGCCAGAAUAUCUGAGGAAGAGGUUUGGUGGGAAGCGACUACAGAUAUAUCUCUCUGUCCUCUCCCUCUUCAUAUCUGUGGCUUUGAGAAUCUCAUCAGAUAUAUUUUCCGGAGCCAUAUUCAUCAAGCUGGCCUUGGGAUUGGACCUUUACCUGGCAAUCUUCAUCCUCUUGGCUGUCACCGCUAUUUACACAAUCACCGGGGGGUUGGCCUCAGUUAUCUACACAGACACCCUCCAGACCAUCAUCAUGCUGAUAGGUUCUUUUAUUCUCAUGGGGUAUGCAUUUACCGAAGUGGGAGGCUAUGAGAGUUUUACAGAAAAGUACAUGAACGCCAUCCCAACCAUAGUUGAGGGGGACAACCUGACAAUCAGCUCCAACACUCCUCAGGCUGACUCCUUCCACAUUUUCCGAAAUGCUGUCACAGGGGAUCUUCCUUGGCCAGGAACAAUAUUCGGAAUGACCAUAGUAGCUCUGUGGUACUGGUGCACAGAUCAGGUAAUUGUGCAACGCUGCCUAUCAGGUAAGAACAUGUCUCAUGUGAAGGCCGCCUGCAUCAUGUGUGGGUACCUGAAACUGCUGCCCAUGUUCCUCAUGGUGAUGCCAGGAAUGAUCAGCCGCAUCUUAUACACAGAGAAAGUGGCCUGUGUUGUGCCUUCUGAAUGUGUGAAACACUGUGGUGUUGAAGUUGGCUGCAGUAACUAUGCCUACCCAAUGAUGGUGCUGGAACUGAUGCCUGAUGGACUGCGAGGUCUGAUGAUGUCAGUCAUGUUGGCCUCUCUCAUGAGCUCCCUGACCUCCAUCUUCCACAGUGCCAGCACCCUCUUUACCAUGGACCUCUACACCAAGAUUAGGAAACGGGCAUCAGAGAAAGAGCUUCUUAUAGCAGGACGGCUAUUUAUCAUUCUAUUAAUUGUCAUCAGCAUUUUGUGGGUCCCAUUAGUGCAAGUAUCUCAAAAUGGACAACUGUUCCAUUAUAUAGAAGCAAUUUCUAGCUACCUUGGGCCUCCUAUUGCAGCUGUCUUCCUGCUUGCCAUCUUCUGUAAAAGAGUUAAUGAACAAGGGGCCUUCUGGGGUCUAGUCACUGGACUUGUGAUUGGCCUCGUUCGCAUGAUUGCAGAAUUUGUCUAUGGAACAAGUAGUUGUUUGGCUACUAGUGACUGUCCCAACAUCAUCUGUGAAGUGCACUAUCUGUACUUUGCCAUCAUUCUCUUUUUUGUUUCUGUGCUGGUCAUCUUGGGAAUUUCCCUGCUAACAAAACCCAUUCCAGAUGUACAUCUGUAUCGCCUAUGCUGGGCUCUUCGGAACAGUACAGAGGAACGAAUUGAUUUAGAUCCAGAAGAGAUAAGACAUGAAGAAGCUGAUGGUGAUGUUGAUGAAUAUAAUCUUGAGGAACCCCGGGGAUGCCUCAGGAAAGCUUUUGACUUAUUCUGUGGUUUGCAGAAGACAGGCCACAAACUGAGCAAAGAGGAGGAAGAAGCCCAGAAAAAGAAGCUGAGAGACACAUCUGAGAAGCCUUUAUGGAGAACUAUAGUGAAUGUCAAUGCCAUUCUCCUCCUGGCAGUGGCUGUCUUUGUCCAUGGCUAUUUUGCCUGAACUCUGAGCCACUAAAUAUUUAUUAAGCAAAGGAUAAUUUUAUUGAUUUUUUUUCACUUUUUGAGUUUGCUAUGUUUAAAAAGGGAGGUAAUUUCAAAAGGGAGAAAGAAAUUGGUAAUUUUAUCAUAUGAGAUGACUACAGACCUGAUUUUUAGCUUUUGUUAUUCCUUUGUGUCAAUAAAGAAAC